AUGAAGAGGCACGUGAAGAACGGCGGUGAUCGGAAGCCGAUCGAAACGCGGGUCGUUGACAGACAACCGGCGGUAGAGACGACGGAGAACACAUUUCUGAUUAGUUAUAGAGAUCGUUCCUACGACUUACGGAAGUUCCUUAGAUACCAUCCAGGCGGAAAGAAAGUGCUCGGUUACUUCGAAAAUCGGAGCUUGGACAAAGCUCUCGACGAGAAUCCUCACUCGAGGAGCGCUUUUCAUCUGUUGGAGGACUUCACGGUGAACGAGCAAGAGAAGUACCAGGAAUACGAAGACCUCAUUGACUGGAAUGCGCCUAUACUCGGUCAAGUAGGAAAAUUAGGUGACCAGUAUUGGGAAUGGAUGAAUCUACCGGUGAAUCGGGAGAUUCGAUUGUUCCAGUCGAACCUGCUGGAGACUAUAUCGAUCACCCCAUGGUAUCUAGUACCGAUCGUAUGGAUUCCGGUCUGCAUUUACUUCCUCUACUCCGGAUUCAAUAGUAUUGCCGACGAUCCCAGUGGAAACACCUUGUUUCAAGCUUUGUCCUCAUAUAUACUCGGUAUAUUAUUGUGGAGUAUCCUAGAAUACGUGCUUCACCGGAAACUCUUUCAUUUCAAGCCACCAGCCACUUCGAAGUUACUCAUUUCAUUACACUUUAUACUUCACGGUGUUCAUCAUAAGGCUCCAUUCGAUAACAGAAGAUUAGUAUUUCCCCCUGUGGCCGGUUUAUCGAUAGCAAAAUUAUUGUGGUAUCUCUACGAAGCGUUAUUUUCUCGGACAAUGAUUUAUUUUAUUGCCGCCGGUACUACAACAGGCUACGUUUGUUACGACUUAAUUCAUUAUUAUUUACAUCACGGCGCGCCGAGGGCCGGAUCCUACCUCUACACCAUGAAAAGGAAUCACAAUUAUCAUCAUUUCUCGCAUCACGAAUUAGGUUUCGGUAUCAGCAGUAAGCUCUGGGAUCACGCUUUCGGAACAAACAUUUGCUUACCGCAGCUAACGAAACCGAUAGAAUGGUGAAUCAUUUCGUCAACACGUUAU